AAGGAGAUAUAGCAGCUUGGACACAGCCACGGCAAUUGGCGGUAAGUGCAGUAAUUUUCGUACGAAGCAUGCACUUCUCGAUCUCGAAGGCUGGCAAUGACCGGCAUUCGGAAGCCCGCCGGCAGAAAUUACGCCACCCUGCGGGCACUGGCGGAGCAUCCUCGACAAAGGCUCACGAUUAUGAUCGUAUAAAUAAACGUUAGUCGAUUGAAUGGCUGGGCCAUUGAUAUAAAGACACUUUGCGGCACCUGGGAGGAGUGAUCACAAACAGAUUACACCUUCGCUUUCUCACCCAACACUCGAAACCUUGAACAUGCCUCACGCGCUUACCUCUCGCGACUCAACAAUGGAGUCGAAACCCCUUGGUACUUACGAACCAAGCGGGAUUGAGGUUCUCAUCAUCGGCACCGGGUUGGCUGGACUCACCGCCGCACUCGAAUGUAUCCGAAAGGGACACUCUGUUCGCGUCCUAGAGAGGAGCGAGAGCAUCAACACAAAUGGUGACAUGUAUUUCAUGGGCCUUAGUGCGACACGCUUCCUCAAACACUGGCCGGACCUGAUGGAGGAGUACAAGAGUAUUUCGCUCCAUAAUGCUUGGAUUGAGACAUUCAAGCACAGCGGAGAGGUUAUCAUCACACCGAAGAAGGUCGCGGACCGCUUGCGCGCUCAGGGCCUUGACCCUGGCACCCCACCGGGCGAAUUUCAGAUGCGCCCACUCGUUUACAAGAUGUUUGUGAGCGCAGUGGAGAAGCAUGGUGUGAGUGUAGAGUUCAACCGUAAGGUUGUAGACUACUUUGAGAAUGAAAAUACGGGCAAAGCUGGGUGUGUUACCGCCGACGGGACCACCUAUGAAGCUGAUGUUGUUAUCGCGGCCGAUGGUGUAGGUUCAAAGAGCCAGAAGUUGGUGGGCGGACAAGUCCGCGCAAAACCCUCGGGAAGGGCUAUGUGGCGUGCAGCAUUCCCAAUCGAGCACCUGGACAAAAACCCAGAGGUGAAGGAAGCCUUCAAGAUGAUGCCUAACAAUGAGCCAAUCGUACGGACGUGGCUAGGUCCCUCCACCUACGCGUUGACGCUAACGCGUGAGGAUGUGAUGGUCUGGAUCAUGAACCACGAUGUUACGGGAUCGGAAAAGGAAAGCUGGAGCAACACCAUCGAUGCCGAGGAAGUGCUCAAAGGUAUGGACGAGAUGCCCGGUAUGGAGGUGAACAAGUGGGCACCUAUCUUCAAGGACCUGGUGAAGGUCACCCCUCCCAACACCAUUGUCAACUUCGAGCUACUGUGGAGAAACCCGCAGCCCACCUGGACCUCGCCCGGCGCCCGCGUCAUCCAAAUUGGCGACGCCGCACAUUCAUAUCUCCCAGCUUCCGGCAACGGAGCUACCCAGGCCAUCGAAGAUGCUGUGUCGAUAGCAUCGUGCUUGCAGAUUGGCGGUCGGGAUAACAUCCCCCAGUCUGUCCGCGCACACAUCCGCUUCAGAUUCAUCCGAAAUUCCUGCGCCCAGAAACUCGGCUUCUCGAACGCCGAGCUCCUUCAAGAUACGGACUGGGACAAGGUCAAGCUCGACCCGCGCCGUGCUGCACCCAAGCUCCCCAAAUGGGUCUGGUCCCAUGACCCGGAGGCAUACGUCUAUGAGAACUACGAAAAGGCUGUUGCCAGCAUGAAGAAGGGCAUCAGCAUGGAGGAUGAGACCAGCUUCGAGCCCAACUACCCCAAGGGUUACAAGUAUGAACCAUGGACUAUCGAGAAGGUUAUGGAAGAUAUGAGGGCAGGAAAGCCGAUCGAAUUGGGUCCUGGUGACUGGGAGUAGUGGUUCCUGCGACACACGUGUUGAUUUUAUUGUCGCUAUUCCGCGGGCAUAUCUGGUAACCGGUGUUGUUUCAUUUCUCAUGUGCAUAAUGGCGUUCAUGCACCCAGCUGUAGUAUCAUCCCAGCAUGGCCUAGCUUCCU